GAGGCCCGAGGUGGCCCACCAGCUCUUCAGAUGCUUCCGGUACCAGGAGGACAUGGGGCCCCGUGCGUCCCUGGGCCGGCUGCGGGAGCUGUGCAGCCAGUGGCUGCGGCCAGCACUGCACACCAAGAAGCAGAUUCUGGAGCUGUUGGUGCUUGAGCAGUUCCUGAGCGUGUUGCCUCCCCACCUGCUUCAGCGCUUGCAGGGCCAGCCGCUCAGGGAUGGGGAGGAGGUAGUACUGCUGCUGGAGGGCGUCUCCGGGGAGGCCAGUCAUGCAGGACCGCUGCGUCCCAGGGACCCUCACUGUGGUUGGAGGAGAGUUCCAGAGACCAGGAGCUGGCAGCCGUGCUGGAGUGCCUGACCUUUGAGGAUGCCCGGGAGGAGGAGGCUGUCCCCGAGCACCCUCUGGGACUUAGAAGCACAAACCCAGCCCAGGACAAUUUAAAACAGGAAGAAGCCAGGGGAGCUUCCUGGCCCCCUGCCUCGGUAUCCGAGCCACAGGUUGACGGGUCUGGGCUGCCAGGAGAGCCUCCUGCGCAGACCCACGGAACGGACACCAAGGCCUGCGAUGCGGGGGUAGGGCAGGCCCUUUCCUGCAGCAAAGCAGGGACGGGAGAAGACCCCCAAGUGCAGCUCAUCUGCACAGAAUGCGGGACGACUUUCCGCCAGCUGUCACGGCUCAAGGUGCACCAGGGGCGCUGCCACCCGCACUUGCGCACCUUCCCGUGCCUGUGGUGUGGCAAGAGCUUCGGCAGAAGCUCCAUCCUCAAGCUGCACAUGCGCAUUCACACAGAUGAGCGGCCACACGCCUGCCACCUUUGCAAUCACCGCUUCCGCCAGAGUUCGCACCUGAGCAAGCACCUCUUGACGCACUCCUCGGAGCCUGCCUUCCUGUGCGCUGAGUGCGGCCAGGGCUUCCAGCGUCGCAGCAGUCUUGUGCAGCACCUAAAGGGGCACAGCCAGGACCAGAAACCCACGUGCAUUCCAGAGGCCCAGGCAGAGGCGCGCAAGGUGGCAGUCAUCUUGUGCUCCCACUGUGGCCAGACCUUCCAGCACCGCUCCAGCCUCAAGCGCCACCUGCGCAUCCACGCCAGGGACAAGGGUCACCAGCACUCCAAAUCCUCAGGCAGCCUCAGCCCAAGCCCCAAGAGAAGGCCCCAUGUGUGCGGUGACUGUGGCAAGGCUUUCCGGCGCAGCGAGCACCUGGUGACCCACCAGCGCCUUCAUACAGGGGAGCGCCCUUUCUCAUGCCAGGUGUGUGACCGCAGCUUCACCCAAAGUUCCCAGCUCAUCAGCCACCAGCGAGUACACACCGGCGAGAAGCCCCACAUCUGCUCUCAGUGUGGCAAAAGCUUCAUGAGGCGGGCUGGCCUUGCCCGCCACCUGCUGACCCACGGAGGCCUGCGGCCCCACCGUUGUGCCCAGUGUGGCAAGAGCUUCAGGCAGACGCAGGACUUGGCCCGUCACCUGCGCAGCCACACUGGGGAGAAGCCCUGCCGCUGUAGCCAGUGUGGUGAGGGCUUCAGCCAGAGCGCCCACCUGGCACGCCACCAGCGCAUCCACACUGGCGAGAAGCCCCAUGCUUGCGACACCUGUGGUCACCGCUUCCGCAACAGCUCCAAUCUGGCCCGCCACCGGCGCAGUCACACUGGCGAACGGCCCUAUAGCUGCCCAACGUGCGGCCGUAGCUUCCGACGCAACGCCCACCUGCAGCGGCACCUGGCUACACACACAGGGCAGGGGUCUGAGGCUGAGACCCCACAAGAGUGCCCAGAGUGUGGCAAGACCUUCAGCCGCAGCAGCAACCUGGUGCGCCAUCUGCUUUUGCACACAGGCACCAGGCCCUACCCCUGCUCUGAGUGUGGCCGCAGCUUUAGCCGCAACUCGCACCUGCUGCGCCACCUGCGCACCCACACCCAGGAGUUAUUGUACUAG